GGAGGCGCUAGAACCUAUUAAUGACAUAAAUUUUUGUUUAUUUCCUAACACAGAAUUGAAUCAUUAGCUUGGAAAUGUGUGCAAUGAAUGCAUGUUGAUGUUGGCGGCCAGUAGUUGGAUGUGCUUGGCGCGACGGUGUUACAGCUUCACUCUGAUGUUAAUUGUGUGGCCUGAGUGUGAAGUAUGAGCUUGUCCGGCAUAUGAGGACUCGUGCACCACCGCCAUGCUCAGAUGUGAGCAUGGCAAGCGAGUGUGCGAGGCCGCCAAACGCAAAGUAGGUCCAAGUGUCUCUUUGCAAGGCUGACAGCCAGAGCCAGAGAGAGAGAAAGAGAGUGAGGGAGAGAGAGAGAGAGAGGGGGGAGCGAGUGGAGCAAUGGCACCGAGGAGGAUGGAAACCAAACCGCUCAUCUUAUGUGUGAAGAUUCUACUACUCUUCUACUCUUUCAUCUUUUGGGUGACAGGUGUGGUCUUGCUCGCGGUGGGUUUGUGGUGGAAGUUCAUGCUGAGUCCUUACACGCUGUUGAUCUCCAGUGCACCGUCCAACGCUCCUUUUGUUCUGACCGGCACCGGCGUUGCCAUUGUGCUGUUCGGCCUGUUUGGAUGCUUCGCCACGUGCAGGGGGCAUCCUUGGAUGCUCAAACUGUACGCCAUCUUUCUGGCUUUGGUCUUCCUAAUCGAGCUCAUCGCUGGAAUCUCAGGCUUCAUCUUCCGCCACGAGAUCAAAGGCACAUUCCUCACCACAUACAGCGAGGCUCUGCUGAGAUACGAUGGACGAAGCGAAAGAAGUGUGGCUGUGGAUGACGUUCAACGCAAAUUGCAAUGCUGCGGUGUUCAUAACUACACUACCUGGUUCUCCAGCGACUACUUCCCAACCGGGGGAAUCCCUGUCAGCUGCUGUGUUACUUUCUCUGACUGCAAAGAAACAGACUUGAAGAACGCCACUUUGGCAGCUCGCAAAGUCCACAAGCAGGGUUGUUACCAGCUGGUGACGUCCUUCAUCGAGAGCAACAUGGGAAUUAUCGCUGGGGUCACCUUUGGGAUCGCCUUCUCUCAGCUCAUCGGCAUGUCGUUGGCCUGCUGUCUGUCUCACUUCAUCAACACCAACCAAUACGAGAUGGUCUGAAGAAGAACCUGUGGAAUCACUUGCUACGUUGUGUAAAAUACAGACGAGGUCACUCUUUGUCUGAUUGAUUGCUUGAUUGCUUGCUUGACUGAUUGAUUGAUUGAUUGAUUGGUUGAUUGAUUGAUUGAUUGAUUGAUUGAUUGAUUGCGUGAUUGCUUGAUUGCUUGAUUGCUUGAUUGAUUGAUUGAUUGAUUGAUUGAUUGAUUGAUUGAUUGAUUGAUUGAUUGAUCGAUUGAUUGAUUGAUUGAUUGAUUGAUUGAUUGAUUGAAACCUUUAUUGUCCCCUCUGGGGAAAAUUAGUUGUCAAACAGCUCAUGACAUUUAAAAAAGAGGAAGACAGUCGGUUCUUUCCUGUUUGGUUCCGUUAACAAGAUGAUUGUUCAAAGUCAAAGUCAAAGUCAGCUUUAUUGUCAAUCCCUUCAUAUGUCAAGACACAUAAAGAAACCGAAAUUCCGUUUCCUCCAUCCCAUGGUGACGAGACACAGUACACGAUAAACAUACAAUUAGACGAAGGCCAAGGAGUUCACCUUACAUUUGAACUAUGGAACAACAAAUGUUGUAACAGUGUCUUGAGUGAUUCACUUAUGUAUGUCAAUUUUUAAGUCAUUCCCAUUUUGGUAUCUGAUCAACAUAAAGUCAUUCUUUCAUACACAAUAAGGACCAAUCAAGUUUAGGGACUAGUUUCAAGAAUGGAAAUGAUGUCAAUUUUAUGAAUGUUGUUUGGUUUUUUAUUUUUUUUAGGAAUGGCUCACCAACUAUUACGUGAAAUACAUGAGCAAAUUAUUAAAGAUUCAGUUAACUGUUUAAUUUAACACGUGAUAAGGGGACAGGCACGUCAAAGUGUUAGAACCAUUUGAUUUUAAGCUAAAACCAACUUUUCCUCUUAAAGUUACCAACUCAGUUCAUUCUAUUAUCCUGAACUUGACUCAACAUGUGUACCACAAAGUUCAUCUCAUCUUCUUCCUAUGUUUAGUCUUCAGUUUGUUUGUUAGUAUGUUCUUCAUCUCUUGCUGCAUGUUAGAAGGUGUACAUCUACUUAUCCUCUAAAUAGCAUUAGUGGGCUAACUUUAGCCCGCCAUAAUACAGACAUGACUCCUCUAACACUUA